CCCUUCCCUCUAGCAUCGACGAUCGCAUCCUCAAGACAUGGGCUCCAACAAACCCCGCGGAUUGCAAGCCGCGCGCAAGCUGCGCAACGACCGCCGUGAAAACCGCUGGGCGGACAAGGCCUACAAAAAGCGGGCUCUUGGCAACAUCUACAAGACCUCGCCCACUGGAGGAUCGUCGCAUGCGAAGGGCAUCGUCCUCGAGAAGAUUGGCGUUGAGGCCAAGCAGCCCAACUCAGCUAUCCGGAAGUGUGUCCGCGUACAGCUGAUCAAGAACGGUAAGAAGGUGACCGCGUUCGUGCCCGUGAGUGUCGUCUUUCUUCUCAUCGCUUGCCAUGGCGUGCUGCGAGUCCAUAUCUCGGCUCUCGCGUUUGUGCUCGCGCUAACUUUGUGCCAGAACGACGGUUGCUUGAACUUCGUCGACGACAACGACGAAGUCCUCAUCUCUGGUUUCGGUCGCCGCGGAAAGGCCAAGGGUGAUAUUCCCGGUGUCCGCUUCAAGGUCGUCAAGGUGUCCGGUGUCGGCCUGCUCGCUCUCUGGAAGGAGAAGAAGGUCCGUCCGUCAUCUUCGGCCCCCGAUGACUCGCACUGAUUGUCUCUGUAGGAGAAGCCUAGGUCAUAAAUUCUGCCCCUUCUUUGGACCUUAUCUCGUACCCUCGAUUGUCACUGCCGAUGCUUGUCCAACGGGUUCACAUGCAUGUAUUAUGUAUGCCACCACUAUGAUUUCGCAUAAUGAACCAUAUGCCGAACGAGCACGUCCGUAAUGCGCGAUCGCGUCCAAGAAUGCAUCAUAGGCUGAAGUGACGAGCAGGCGCGCGGGGCCGGUCUGCCGUUCCACUCUCAUUUCAUAUCCCAUCGAACAUCGCUGCUACGGUCUUCCGGGGAAUGUCCGACUUGCAUCUAAUGUGGUUUCGUAUGAUCGAGGCAAGGUC